CAAAUUUCAUGUCUCUCUCUCUCUCUCUCUUGCCCGUCGGUCAGAAAUUUUCUCGGGCACCUCUUCCUGCACCAUCUCUCUCUGGUUUUCUAUAUCUUUGUCAGCGACUCACGAGUUUCCUCGGGUUCUCUCCCCCCGCAAUUGGCCUAUAACAAUCACCAUCUCAACCUUCACCUUCCUCACAUUCUUCAUUUAUAACCGUAUCUUACAGUUCUCUCCAAUCUCUUUCACUGUUCCCCCUGCUUCAGCAAUCUUCAUAUUCACUCUUUCCUUGUUCUUCUGCACUUUCCUCCUGGUUUCACUCCUUAUUCUUAUUCCCUCCACGCUCAAAAAAGGAUAAACGAACAAAGUCUUUUUUAACCCCUUAAAAAAGCCAUCUUUAUUCCCUUAUUCCCCUGCCAUUUUUAUAUAUAUACGCUAUCUUGAAACAGUUUUUUGUUUUUCUGGUUUAUAAAUAUGGGGUUCUCUGAGAAGGCACAGGUCGUGGAAGGAGGAGGCUUUGAGUCGUCGUCAUCGUCGGAUACUGCUACUAACAAAAAAUGGGUCAUCGCCGGAAUCGCUUUACGAGCGCCGUUGAAGCCAAUUUACACGGCGGAGAAAGCACGCGACGGCGAGGAGCUUGAAACGGAUCAGGAGUGUCUGACGACGCCGACAGGAGAAGAGUCCAGAAUCCCACCGCCUUCCACGUGUCCGCCGGCUCCUCGGAAGCCAAAGCCGCCGUCUUCUUUCAAGUGCAAGUAUCGCCGUGGCGUUAACAAGUUCUUCGCUCCUCCAGAUUUGGACACAGUGUUCAUACGCCAUGUUGAAAAAGCGAGCUAACGGAUCUGCUAUAUAUAUAUAUAUAUAUAUCUUCUCUAGCUCUCUUUAAUUAGCUUCGACCUUCAUUCUCUUCUUUCAGUUUCAGUUGUUUGGAUAGCUAUAACUAUAACUAUUUGUAUAAACUAGUCUGAAUCAAUAAAAUGACCUAUCGAUAUUGUA